CUCUGAUUGGUCGCCGCAGCACUACGUGACGACAUCAAGAUGGCGCAGACCCUGGUGGAGCAUGUUGUCGCGGACGCUGGARCGUUUUUAAAGAAAGCGUCUUUGCAGGACAUCGGCAGGAACAUCUACACUCUGAGAGAUGUGGUGGACGAAAUCAGAGAUAAACCCACCAGGAGGAGCCUGGCCUUCCUACCGUACCAGCUCCACUUCAAGGAGCCACAUCCUGAACACAUCCGACACGUGACUGAAUUCUCCAAGAAGACGGGGGACUAUCCCAGUUUGUCGGCCACAGACAUCAAAGUUAUGGCCCUGACUUACCAGCUGGAGCUGGAGCAUGUUGGUUCACARCACUUGAAGACAGAACCAGAGAUCAAGGUGAAUAUUCAGAGCACACGUCGCCACCCAGAGGCACCAGUUAACAUCACAGGGUUCCACUUUCCCUCUAAGAAAUCUGGAGUCGCCUCCGACACCAGGCAGACUCGGACAGAGAAGGAGACGUCCAACCAGUCGGACAGCGAACAGUUCAACAGCUUCCAGUUCUGGAGGGACCCGCUGCCGUCCAUCGACUCAGACCUUCUGGAUUUACUGAGUCCAACAGAGGUUCAGAGUCCAAACGACAGACAGACAGAUACACAGACGGACACACAGACGGCCGACAGCGAACACUUCAACAGCUUCCAGUUCUGGAGAGACCCGCUGCCGAGCCUUGACGAUGACCUGCUGGCUUUACUGGAUGGGGGCGGAGUCUCACCAUUAGACCACUCCCCACAGGUGGAAGAGAGAACAGAGGAGCAGUUGUGUGACGAGGACAAGGAGAACGAAYCUGAAGAGGAAGACGAGGAGGAAGAUGACGGGGGAGGCUGGAUCACUCCCAGUAACAUCAAACAAGUGAAGAUGGACUCUGCUGAUUGGACGGCUCCGGCUCACGUCAGAGUUGGAUGUCUGACCACCGACUUCGCCAUGCAGAAUGUUCUGAUCCAGAUGGGCCUUCACGUUCUGUCCGUGAACGGGAUGGUGAUCAGACAGGCCAGGAACUACAUCCUGAGGUGCCACGCCUGCUUCAAGACCACCAGCAACAUGAGCCGGGUCUUCUGUCCUCACUGUGGGAACAAGACCCUGAAGAAGCUGGCGGUGACGGUCAGCGACGACGGCAGCAUCCAGAUGCAUUUCUCCAAAAACCCCAAAGUGCUGAACCCCCGAGGACUGAGGCACUCGCUGCCGCUGCCUCAGGGCGGGAAGCACGCCAACAACCCCCACGUGGUGGAGGACCAGCGCUUCCCCCAGCAGCGGCUCUCCAACAAGGCUCGCCAAAAGACGGACGUCUUCAACCCGGACUACACGGCCGGGUCCUCGCCGUUCUGCGAGAACGACAUCUACAGCCGAGCGGCCAGCCUGCAGAUCAGGGACGGUCAGAGCGGCGGCGGCAGGAGGCGGGCCAACCCCAACGCCUCCCGCAGGAAGUUUGUCAAGAAGAAGUGAUGUCAUCGAACAAACUUCAGCUGUAACCCUUCACUUUAAUAUUUAUCAGAAAAUCUUUUUUAGUUUCCAGCUGAUUCAUGAUAAUAAAGAAUCCUGGGAGUGUUUUAACAUCUGUUUCUUUCCAGCCUCAUGACAUUAUAUUCAUCUAAAUAAACUCAGUGAUGUGUUCACGACCACA